AUGGUUGGACAUAAUACCGUGUCCACAUUUUCAGGGUUCUUUCCAAAGCUACGCACGUUUACCCUUGACCAUUGUCCCGUGACGGAGUUUGAUAUAACCAACCCAGUUCCGACUCUCACGUCUCUCAACAUCGCGUCCGCUAAGCUUGUUCAAUUCAAGGACUCCCUCUUCACGAAUAUCCCAAACCUUACCAAACUCAUUCUUAACAAGAACCAUUUCGUUACCCUUUCUCCUUAUAUUGGGACCCUACGAAAACUCGAGCACUUUAGCAUUGCGAAAAACCCGUUAUCAACCCUACCACCAUCCAUAGGUUGUUUGCAAGAACUGAAGAAUUUGAACCUUCGUGAAUGUAAUCUCAGCAAACUCCCUGCAGAAUUGUGGUACUGUUGUAAACUAGAGACCCUGAAUGUAUCUUCCAACCUCCUCGAUUCCUUUCCGAAAGUCAGUGACUCACCUCCCGUUCCUCCUAACGAAUUGCCUGUAAAUGGAACUCCCGCAACUACCCCUGGCAUCUCAUCACCGAAUUUCGAAGAACUUGGAAAGUUGGAGGAUUUCGAAACGCGACGACCAAGUUAUGCCUCCGGUGGCCUUCUUAGCGUUGGAAGCUCUCCGAGUAACUCAUACACCAAUAGACAAGGUUCCGUUGUUUCGUUUAAUAAUGCCGGGUCCAUUGCAAGGAAAUCUUCCUCAGCAUCUCGUGCCGCGACUGAGCCAUCGUCGUCUCGAAAGGAUUCCAGCUUCUCGCAACGAAUGUCGCUUACAUUUGCUGCGUCUUUGCGACAUUUGUAUCUUGCUGACAAUCAGCUUGAAGACGAUAUAUUCCAACAGCUUGCGUUACUUGUGGAGCUUCGAAUCUUAAAUUUAUCGUACAAUGAGAUAACGGAGCUUCCCCAGGGGCUGAUCAGGCGGUGGCAGUCCCUUGUAGAGUUAUAUGUCUCGGGAAACCAACUAAGUUGGCUUCCUUCGGAUGAUCUUGAGGAAUCAAGCAGCCUGAAGGUCUUGCACCUGAACGCAAAUAAAUUCCAGGUGCUGCCUGCGGAACUUUGUAAGGUGAACCGACUUGCGAUUCUGGAUGUGGGGAGCAAUUCGCUCAAGUACAAUGUUUCUAAUUGGCCGUAUGAUUGGAACUGGAACUGGAAUCGCAACUUGAAAUAUCUUAAUUUCUCGGGUAACAAGCGUUUCGAGAUCAAACCCACCGCUGCAUAUACAUCCGGGAAUCCAGCUACUCACGGUACGGAUUUGACGAACUUCAACUCAUUGCAUCAUCUUAGAGUUCUUGGGUUGAUGGAUGUCACUCUUACCAUCCCUACCAUCCCCGAUCAGACGGAGGAUAGGCGAGUGCGAACCUCAGCAUCCUUAUCUGGCACUCUUUCGUACGGUAUGGCGGAUAGCCUUGGGCGAAGCGAACAUUUAUCAACGGUCGACAUGCUGGUUACCCGGUUUCGGGGAAACAAUUAUGAAACGAUUCUCGGUUUAUUUGAUGGCCAGUCUUCGCACAGCGGUGGGUCGAGGAUUGCGAAAUACUUGCAAGAGCACUUCACAGCUAUGUUUGCAGAGGAGCUGAAGAAACUUCGAAAUUCCGGAGGCGAAUCACCGCUCGAUGCACUGAGAAGGACGUUUUUGGGCCUCAAUAAGGAUAUGGCUACGGCUGCUCAGCGGUCCAUGGAUGAGCGUGAGCAGCGUCAUUUGGACCGAGCUGGCCCUCCCAGUAGCAAGCAUCUCACGCCGGAUGAUUACAAUUCUGGCGGUGUGGCGACUGUUAUGUAUUUGCACAAUAUGGAAUUGUAUGUUGCGAAUGUUGGGGAUGCUCAAGCGGUACUUGUGCAUUCAAAUGGCGACUUCAAGUUCUUGACCAAUAACCAUGACCCUGCCGAGGAGUCGGAGCGUGAACGUAUACGGGAGGCUGGUGGCUUUGUUUCUCGAAAUGGGAAACUAAAUGAUAAAAUUUCUGUUUCUCGGGCCUUUGGCUAUUAUCCCAUGAUGCCCGCUGUAAUCGCGGCCCCUAGUACCCGAAAAGUUACGUUGACCGCCCAGGAUGAAAUGAUUAUACUUGCUUCGGGAGAGUUGUGGGACUUCGUUGCACCAGACCUUGUUGUUGAUGUUGCGAGGUCCGAACGUGGAGACUUGAUGAUCGCCUCUCAAAAGCUUCGUGAUCUGGCAAUUGCGUAUGGUGCGACAAAUAAAAUCAUGGUGAUGAUUGCUGGUGUCAGUGAUCUCAAACGACGGGGCGAACGUCCUAAGUUGAGAACCCCAAGUCUGUCUAUGGGGCCAUCGCCACUAACCGAUGAACACCUUUUCCCUCCGCCAAGCAAAUACAGGAAACGCGGUGCGCCGAGCGACUCAAGACUGGCACGCUUGAAUCGCGUAGAAGCCCCAACUGGCGAGUUGGCAAUUAUCUUCACGGAUAUCAAGAAAUCCACUUCACUCUGGGAGACUUAUCCAGUUGCCAUGCGCUCUGCCAUCCAAAUCCAUAACGACCUUUUCCGCCGACAGUUGGCACAGAUUGGCGGCUUUGAAGUCAAGACGGAAGGAGAUGCUUUCAUGGCAGGGACAUGCAUCUCACCAUCGAGGCAGGGUCUUGUCUGGCGCCUGUGGACUGUCGCUCUGCGGCUGGAAGCGUUCUGCAGCGCACUAGAAAAUCGUGGCGAAGUUGGUGUGCGACAGCCGGAAAUGAGCCUUCUCAACGUAGUCAAGGCACGGCAUGGGGAAGUUACCGAUGCGCAGGUUUGGAGCUUGAUAGAGCAUCAAAUUACGCGUGUGGAGACAUGUGCGAAUACCCUCACGAUCCGACAUAUGAUCAGACCAUUCAACUCUGCCGCCACUCUAAAAGACAUCGCUAUUCCCAUGGCGGAUAUCUUGACAGAGUUGCAGGUGCAACUGAGCGAAUUCAAAGCCUUAAAGGAGCAAAUCGAUCCGCCUUCCCUGACGAGUCAUCAAAUUCCACACCCAGCUGUGUCAGUGUUGAAAAGUGCCAACCAGAGUUCAUCAGCAGUAUCUGAUAUGAUCACCGGUAGUGGUUCCUGUUCUGGUUCAAGUCCUACAUGA